UUUUUUUUUUUUUUUGCGUUUAAGCUUAAUUAACGUUUAUUAUGUUGUUUGAAAACUAAUAAAGAAAUUGAUGAAGUUUAAAACAUUUAACAAAAACCAACUGUUUUUUUCGGAAAUGAUUAAAAAAGAAAAAACUACGCGUUAAGAAAAUUAAUUUUUUCUUAUUUUAGUAAGCAAUUCCUAUUUUAUCAAAGUCAAUGAUGUUCUACAGAUAUCUAAUUUUUUUAAGUUUGUCAAUAUUGAGUUAUGCCGCCGCGUACCAUCAUAAUAAUAACACGGUUGCUAUGGGUAUAAAGAAGUUUUUGGUAAACAAACUCGCAACUCGAGGAUUUGGUCGUGUAUUAACAUGGAACGUGAAGAAGUUAGGCGCCUGCUUGAGACAAGACAAUGUAGCUCCGUUGAAAGAGGCUGUGUGCGUUGUCCUUCAAAGCGCUAAUUUAAUUGUUUUGCAAGAGGCAUCAAAUCUUGAUUUUUCUUGUUUACCGUGCAACACUGUAUUGAAAGAUGAAUAUGAUUGGCCAGGUAAUGAAGGAAAUGAAGAUUUUAAAGUCCUUAUUAAAACCAAACACUCCAGAUCGUUUAGUAUUAAGAAAACAGGAUCAUGUGAAAGUCUUGAUGAUCUUAAUAUAAAAAGGAGUGUUGAAGGAAAAAGUGUUCAAAAGAUGGAAAGGCAUUCAAAUGCAAAUAAAUCAAUAGAAUUUAAAAAACAUUCUGUAAACAGGUAUUUUAGGAAAUAUUUGCAGCGCACCAAAAGAUAUAUUGACGACGCUUCUCAAAUAUUAAGAUUUUUAAAAAACGGUAAUGCUCAUGCCAGAUUAGAUGAAAACAUUAAAGCUAUUGCACUUGAUGGUCUUGAUAAGCAAAGUCAAGAUCAAUUCAUUAAAUUUGUUGCUAGAGUUUUAGAAAUAAAAAAGUUAGAGGAUAAUAUUGAAAAUAAUGAAGAGCGAAAAGUAAAAAGUUUUUCUGGAGAUAAAAAACAAAAUUCUUUAAAUAAUCAACGAUAUCUUGAAAUAAAAUCAAGUAAAACAGAAGAUUUAACUAGUCAAGAUAUUUUAAACAUCAUUGAUGGACAUUUAAUAAACUUUAAAAAAGAAAUCGAUGGAUUAAAGUUAAAAAUUAGCAACAUUUCUACGAUUCCAAAAUUAACAUUUCAAGACAUCAUGAACUCUGAUGAUAAUCACUUUAAUACUAAUAAAAAAGUUAAUAUAUUUCAGUUGGGGAAAAAAGAACAAAAAAGCCAUAAUACUAAAAGGAGUUCAAAAAGCAGCUAUUACGAAAACAUUUUUGACAAUGAAACAAAAGAUAAGCUUAUAACAAAUAUUAAAAAAACGCGCUCGUUAAUAGCACAUCUUAUGAAGCAAAAUAAAAAAAAAACAAACAAAGAAAAAGCUUUAAAACGUCAACUUGCCACACCUCACAUAAGUUACACAGCAAAGUAUACACCUCAAGAUGGUGUAUUAGCUAUACAGGGUCCCGAUAUGACUGUAAUGUUACCUAAAGCUUUGCAACCAGAAACUGUCGAGCCGGAAAAAAUUAUAAAGUCUCCCAACAUGGUUCAAGAAUCCGGUGAUCAAAGAGUUAUUGAUAGCCAAAGUUCAAACCCAGCUCCUCCACCAAAAGUAGUUCAUAAGCCUAAUUAUGUCAUUUAUACUGUAAAAUCUGAUUUAAAUUCCGGAGAUCCAUUUAUUUUAGCCAAUGUCAGAUUUCCAAAAGGAAAACAUUUACAACGCGCUUGUAUGGCAAAAAUUGCUGCAGACAUAGCGAAUGUUAAUUCACAGGCAGAAACAAGUUACAAAAAAAUUAUAGCGGGAGAUUUUCAUAUGGAUAGGUUAUCAGGAUCUGACGAUAAAGGUGAUAUGUACAAAAUCCUAACAAACUUACAGAUUGAAGGAGAAAAUUUUCACUCGCCAUUAACGUACGGCGAAAAAGACCCCAUAACUACAGUAUACGGAAGAAGAUUUGAUAACAUUAUUGCUAACUUGCCUUUAAAAGGUAAUUUAAAAGCUAUUGGACCAGAUUUUCCUUUAGAGCCAGAAGCUGUGGUAAUGCCGUUUAUUUUACAGCGUCUCUAUAACAACUACAUGACAUCACUUUAUACAUCUGAUAACGAUGAGUCAGAUUCUAUUUAUGAAUGUAUAAAAGCAUUUCAAAUGGCUGGCAAAGCUGAACUUCAAAACAGUGUUUGUAAAGAUAUAUGGACUCCUUCAAGUUAUAUAAGUGACCAUUUGCCAUUAGAACUGCGAGUUUCAUUAAAAGUAUCCGGUCGCUCGUCUCCGGUUGAAUUGAGAUUGGCAAGUUGGAAUAUUCAAGGUGAUACUUUUAAAGAACGACUACUCGAUCCAGAUGUGAAGAGAGGUUUCAUUCAACGUCUUAAAAAAUAUCAUAUGGCUGUAUUUCACGAGUUUCCUCCUCAUGACAGAAUUUUAGAUGACCAAGAACUGGGAGGAAGUGAUGUUGUUCGCUUGAAGCAGGGAGAUCUUACCACUGAGUUUGGAAUAUAUAUUAGCGAAUAUAUCAAAGACGGAGAAACUGAUAUGUAUAUACUGCGUAAAAAAUUUAAAGGGGAAGAUGUUAGUGAUGUUUUGAUAAAUCCUACACGAGAGGAAGCUGAGAAUAUGGUAACAACAGUAGGGCUAUUUGCACCUCGAAUUGUUAUUGAUACGUAUAGAUUACAACCUUGCUUCUACACUGUCCGAACAAGCGAAAAACAUCGUUCAAAUGGAAUAGACUUUGAGAAAAUAAUUGGUGCAAUAGAUAAAGAUGUUCAAACAAGAAAAUGUGAUUUUAAGUUGUUGAUGGCAAGUUUAAACCUUGAGGAUGAAUUUGAUAUUGAUAAAGUGGUUUAUGACAAAUUUAAAUUUAUAAAUCUUAAGUGUCAAAUAUCCGAUGGUGAUUUAAAGUAUAAGUAUAACGUUCCUAGGUCACGUGAUUUAGCAGAUUAUAUAAUUUUGCUGGAGAAAGACCCAUCAGUUGAAUUUAGUGAAUGUAAAAUAGGACUUCCUGGUGACGAGGGAAAAAGAGGAAUUGAUAAACUCAGUGAUUUUGAGGAACUGACUACACAUUACCCUUUUUCAGUUGUUUUGAGACGACACGAUUAAUAUUAUUUUUAAAAUAUUUUUAAAACAUCA